CAGGACUUUCCCCUCCUCAGUUAUUGAGCUUUGGGGGGAUUUGUGGAGGAGGAAAGGGAUGGGGCGAGCCUCAGGGCCCAUCCACACAGCCAUAUAACCCAAAAUAUCAAGGCAGAAAAUCCCACAAUAUCUGCUUUGAACUGGGUUAUCUGAGUCCACACUGGCAUAUAUUCCGUGGGAUAAUGUGGGGUUUUAUUCAGCUGUGGGGAAGGGGCCUCAGACCCUGGCUCUCCUUGAGGCUGGUUUCUGUUUCUCAAGAUGUUCAGAGUAGUAGGCUUUCCUUCCUAAAUCUCCAAAAGCUGUGCCUCUUUGGGAUCUUCCUAUUCCAGGAUCUGAUCCCAGGUUUUCUGUUUAUCCCAGAUUAUCUGGCAGUGCGGACUCAUAUACAGUAGAGUCUCACUUAUCCAACAUUUGCUUAUCCAACGUUCUGGAUUAUCCAACACAUUUUUGUAGUCAAUGUUUACAAUACAUCGUGAUAUUUUGGUGCUAAAUUCGUAAAUACAGUAAUUACUACAUAGCAUUACUGCGUAUUGAACUACUUUUUCUGUCAAAUUUGUUGUAUAACAUGAUGUUUUGGUGCUUAAUUUGUAAAAUUAUAACCUAAUUUGAUGUUUAAUAGGCUUUUCCUUAAUGCCUCCUUAUUAUCCAACAUAUUCGCUUAUCCAACAUUCUGCCGGCCCGUUUAUGUUGGAUAAGUGAGACUCUACUGUAAUCCAAUUUAAAUGCAGAAAACCUGGGAGCAGAUCCUGGAAUAUACAGCCUGCCUGGAAGGGCCCAAUAUCUUCUUUAAACUGGAAUAUAUGAGGGCCCUUUCACACAGCCACAUAACCCAGAAUAUCAAGGUAGAUAAUUCACAAUAUCUGCUUUGAACCAGACUAUAUGAGGGCCUUUUCACACAGCCAUAUAACCCAGAAUAUCAAGGCAGAUACUGUAAUCCACAAUAUCUACAUCUGAGUCCACACUGCCAUUAGAAUCCAGUUCAAUGUGGAUUUUAUGUAGCUGUGUGGAAGGGGCUUUGGUCUACACUGUCAUAUAAUCCAGUUCAAAACAAAUAAUAUGGAUUUUAUAUGUUCACUAGCUGUGCCCGGCCACGCCUUCCUGUGGCAUUGUCUGGUGGUGUUGGUGAGAACUUGUUGAGGUAGUGGUGGUAUUGAAUGUCUGUUGUAUGGUUGUCUUUAUGUUUAGUAUGCAUUUGGUUGUUUGUGUGUUGUGAAAGUGGUGAGGGUAGAGGGGGUCUAUGUCCCUGUGUAGUAUUGUAUAGUAUUUAUACGUUGUCCAUGUGUUGUGAAUGCUUGGAUUGUGUCUUGCUACAUAGUAGAAAGGGUUGGGCUGGAUGGCCCUUAGGGGUCUCUCCAAACUCUUGGAUUCUAUGCUUCUAUUAUUAUUAUUAUUAUUAUUAUUAUUAUUAUUAUUAUUAUUUGAUUGUAGGACACAGCAAACAAGAUAGACAUGCUGGAUUUCAUAUCACAAAAUCACAAGUCGAACACUUUCCAAGUGUCUAGGACUGUAUGAUGUAUUUUCGGAUGAUGCGUGCAGAUCCCAGUAGGGUGGCCUUUUGCAGUUGGCAGAUCGUAAUUUUGUCAAUAACUAUUGUUUCCAAAUGCCGGCUGAGAUCUUUUGGCCUCACCCAGUAUGCCCAUCACCACCGGGACCACCUGCACUGGUUUAUGCCAGAGUCUUUGAAGUUCAAUCUUGAGGUCCUGAUAGUGGCUGAGUUUUUCCUGUUGUUUUUCAUCAAUGCGACUGUCACCUGGGAUGGCGACAUCAAUGAUCCAAACCUUUUUCUUUUCCACAAUUGUGUGUUGUGUUGUGUUCCAGAACUUUGUCAGUCUGGAUUCGGAAGUCCCACAGUAUCUUUGUGUGUUCAUUUUCCACAACCUUUGCAGGUUUGUGAUCCCACCAGUUCUUUACUGCAGGGAGGUGGUACUUGAGGCAUAAGUUCCAAUGAAUCAUUUGGGCCACAUAGUUGUGCCUCUGUUUGUAGUCUGUCUGUGCAAUUUUCUUACAGUAGCUGAGGAUAUGAUCAAUGGUUUUGUUGGUUUCCUUGCACAGUCUGCAUUUUGGGUCAUCAGCUGAUUUUUCGAUCUUGGCCUUAAUUGCAUUUGUUCUGAUGGCUUGCUCCUGGGCUGCAAGGAUCAGGCCUUCUGUCUCCUUCUUCAGGGUCCCAUUCGUGAGCCAUAGCCAGGUUUUCUCCUUAUAAGCUUUUCCUUCAAUUUUGUCAAGGAACUUUCCAUGCAAUGUUUUGUUGUGCCAGCUGUCAGCUCUAGUUUGUAGUGUGGUUUUCUUGUACCAGUUUUUUUGUCAGCUGUGCUUUGAGGAGUUUCUGAUUUUUAACUUCAAUCAAAGCAGGUUCUUUGCUUUGCUUUACAUAUUCUGCCAGGGCUUGUUCUUCUUCUUUGACUGAUUGUUUUACUUGUAAGAGUCCUCUGCAGAUCUUCUAGGCAGAUAUAGCCGGUCAACAUCACUGCGAGGGUGCAGUGAUUGAUGAAUGGUCAUGAGUUUUCUUGUUUUUCUGUCCAAAUUGUCCAGUUCCGCCUAUGUUUAAUUUAUAAUGCCAGCAGUAUAUCUUAUGACAGGUGUGGCCCAGGUGUUUAUGGCCUUGAUAGUGUUACCUCCAUUGAGCUUGCUUUUGAGAAUUUUUUCUGACCCUUUGUGUGUAUUCUUUGCUGACCACAGUUUUCACAUGUUCAUGCUUGAUGUUGUCCAGCUUUAAUAUGCCCAGAUAUUUAUAGGCCUCUGGCUGGUGACACUUUAUUGUUUGGCCAUUGGGCAUAUUUAUGCCCUCACUUUCAAUGAUUUUUCCCUUCUUCAAUGCCACUGUCGAACAUUUGUCCAAACCAAACUACAUGCUGAUAUCAGUGCUAAAAAUUCUGACAGUGUUGGUCAGAGACUGGAUUUCAGUUUCCGUUUUCCCAUAUAGCUUCAGGUCAUCCAUGUACAUCAGAUGUGAAAUUUUGUGAGAAUUCUUAGAUGUUUGAUAGCCAAGAUUUGUUUUUUUGUAAGAUUGUUGACAAAAGGAUCAUGGCAAUAAUGAAAAGCAGAGGGGACAAUGAAUGUCCCUGGAAAAUUCCUCUUCUGAUGUUGACAAGUCCAUAGCUUUCAUUUCCAGCAAACAGUUCAGUUUUCCAGUGCUCCAUCGUGUUUUCAAUGAAGGUGCCAACGUUUUUACAAAUCCCGAUGGCGUCCAGGCACUUGAUGAUCCAGCUGUGUGGGAGUGAGUCAAAGGCCUUUUUGUAGUCAAUCCAUGUCAUGUGAAGAUUAGCUUUUCGGCUCUUACAGUUCUCCAGAAUCAUUUUGUCAAUCAAUAACUGGUCUUUUGUGCCCCUGCUUUUCCGUUUGUUGCCUUUCUGUUCAUCUGGCAAGAUGUUUUUUUCUUCAAGAUAGUCUUGAAUUCUGUCAGCUAUGAUGUCAGCCAGUAGUUUAAACAUAGUGGGCAGACACGUUAUUGGCCUGUAGUUUCCUGGUGCUGCUCCUUUUGCUGGAUACGUUUGUAUAAGGUAUGUUCUUCCAUUUGUUAGCCAUUCACUGAUAGUUCCUUUCUGCAGCAUCUCAUUGAAUUGUUGGGCCAUUUUUCCAUGUAAACUAAUCAGAUGUUUGAGCCAAAAUCCAUGAAGUUGAUCACUACCAGGCGAUGUCCAGUUUUUGACUUUUUGUACUCAUUUGCUGAUCAUUUCAGUUGUUAUUUCCAUCUGUUCCAUAUUGUCCUGUGAGAAUUUUCCUUCAAGCUCCUUUAUCCACCCAGCGUUUUUGUUGUAGUUCUUAUUAUUUUCCCAAAGUUUUUUCCAGAACUUCGUUGUUGCAGUUUUCUCUGGCUUUAUGGUUACUGUGUCUGUUGUUUGGUUCAGACUCUGGCAGAACCGUCUCUGGUCUGAUUGAAACAGUUGAUUUUGUCUGUACUGGAUGAUUCUGGCUUCAUAUCUUUCAAUUUUUCUGGCUGUUGCUGUAAUUUGUUCUUUCACGAUUUCCAAAGUUUUUUCAAUUUUUCUGGUGUUCAGCCAGUACUUUUGGAUCAGGUAUUGCUUGAUUUUGUCAUUCUUCAGUUUCUUCUCUUUCAUAUUUUUCAGGCUACUUGCAUCUGAUCUGAGUUUCUUGAUCUGAGUUUCAACUCUAGCCUGACCUUCCACUUUGGUUUUCCAGUUGAUUUUCUUUGGGACUGCCUUGGUUGUAGGAGCCCAAGCUCUUCUGUUACUAUCACUGCUGCACUAUAGGCAUACUGGCUUGUUUGUUCAAUUGAUGUUAUUUGGACAGUGGAGAGUACUGUAUUCACAUCUUUCAUGAGAGGCACCAGGUGUCUCUUGGGCAUUGGUUUUUAGAGUUGGGAGCCGCUUUCUUAUUGCAUUUGCUGCAGCAUGAGCCAUGAUCUUAUCCUUGAGCUCUUGUUGUCUUGCUGUCAAGGUUCCUGAUGGUUCAACAGGUGUUUCAAGUGCUGGUUCUUCAAAUUCUUGCAAAAGCUCCACACUUUCUUCUGGUUCAAUCUGUUCCACCAUUCCAAGUGUUGCUGGAGUCUCUGCUGUCUGUGCUGUGGUGUGAUGGUAAUUUACUUUGCAAAUUUUCUGGAUUUCUUCGAGUUCAACUUCACUGAACACUUUGUUUCUGAUUAUGAAUCUUCAUUGGUCAGCCAGUUGGGGUUCUGUUAUCUGUGAGUCAGGGUACUCUUGUUUCCACAGUUGAUGCAUCCUUUUUUGGUAGCCACGCCUUUGAGGUUCAGAUUUGUAAUAGCAUUUCAUAAUUGUGUGGUUUUCUGGCAUUGUAUAUUUUUGCCGCUUCUGUGACUGUUCAUUUGUAUUUUGAUUCCCUAGCUCACUUGUCGAUGGAUGUCCAGAAUCAGCAGCAUCCACCAUGGUCCUUUUUAUCCUGGGCGACGACUGACACUAACACUCCAUACUAGGCAUGUUUAAAAGGAGCAAUAUAAAGGUUGAAAAGUAAUUCAAUAGUAGCAGUGUAGUCAAAACAAAAUUAAAAAACACUAGAUAGACUAAAAUGGCAUUUGAAAAUCAUAUCCUCCCCCCCCCCCCCCCGUCUCACCCACAGCACCCCCUGAAUUAAAAACCACAGCACCUCCUGAACUGCUCUUUAAAAAAGCAGUGGGAGUUUGAUGCCACUCAAGCUAGGUCUCCAUUGCUAUCCAAUCCAGUUUCAGAAUGCAGAUGAUUGAAGUAUUCUGAACUGGAUUAUAUUAUUACACUUUGAGAAAUGUUCUGUUCCUGGUUUGAAAGGGUUACUCCUGUUUAAUUGUGCGGUACUUACUUUGAAAGUCGUUGUCCUACUCUACUUAAUUCCUGUGGCUGCCGCACAGGAGGUCAAAUUGGUUUGAGACUCUCACUAAAAUACUAGAGCAAAAUGUCCUGCAGGAUGUUCCGUAAAAACAAAGUUUUAGCAGUUUAAUCAGCUUUUUUCCCCGUGUUUUUAUGAUUGAACCAAUUAGGAAAUGACAUUUAUAACCCAGGAACAAGAAGUCUGUUACAUAGUGUUACUAUUACUUACUUCACAAUAUUGUGUGUUUUUUUGAGGCUGUAUGGCUGUGUUCUGGCAGCAUUUUCUCCUGAUGUUUCACCUGCAUCUGUGGCUGGCAUCUUUACUAUUUAUUUACUUCAUUAUUUACUUUAUUUAUACCCCACUUUUCUCCCUGUGGGGACUCAAGGGGGCUAAGAAGCCAUAGUUUAAAAAAGCACAGUACAAAAUGGGGAAACAUAAUUAGAUAAUACAACAUGGAUUGAAAAACUGAUUACCUUAAUAUAAUAAAUACACUUAAAAUAGCCUUUAAAACUCACGAGUCUACACUGCCAUAUAGCCCAGUUCAAUGCAGUUAAACUGCAUUCAGAAAGUGGAUUAUAUGCUAGUGUAGCCAUGUCUCGAUACUAUGGGGUCACAGGAGUGUUGUAGUUCUAUGCCGUCUUUAGUCAAAGCAUAGCUGGUGCCUUCUCAAACUACAACUCUCAGGACUUUACAGGACAUGAAGUCGUGGCAGUAAAAGUGGCGCCAGGCAACAUUAAUUGUUCCUGCACCCCAAGUUUGAGAAAGAAUCUGAUCUAUACUUCCAGAUGAUGCAGACAGAUCUGCAUUAUAUGAAUCUGCACUGACCAUAUAAUUUAGUUCAAACUGUAGAUGACAGCCUUCUUCCACGUGGUGCUGUGUUGGACUGCAAAGUAUUAUUUUGUCUCUGACCAUGCUAAAUCUCAUUAUGAAUUUACAAUGUGGGAAUUCCUUCUUGGUGUAAGCAUUUUAUCAACAGGGCUAAGUUAGAUUGUGAAGAUUACUGAAAUGAUAUGUCAUUUGCUUUGAACAGUUGAAAAUGUCUAUAUUUAGCUGUUGUGGUGAAAGGGCGAUGUUUUCCAAUGCUUUGGGCAAUGUGUACAUACUUCAGAGGGUAUGCUGAGCAUUGGAAGAGCCUAAUAAACAAAAAUGCACCAGGCAUUGCCUGGAUGAGGCCUGGGAUGGUCUUCAUACUUCCUGUAGCACAUAUCAUUUGAGUAUCACAAACAAAAAGAAAUAGAAAUCAUCCUUCUGUUUUACCCUUAUAUGUUUCAGCAAACUCUGCUAAGGGGAAAAAUGAGAACAGGGAAAGGAAGCAUGCAGACCUUCAGAUUAUGUUGGAUUUCAGCUCCCAACAUUCCUCACCAAUGGCUAGGGUUGCUGGGAAUUGUAGCCCAACCUGAUCUGGAGGGCAUAACGAUUCACACCCUGAUGUAGAACAUCAUCAUCAUAAAGUGAGAUGUAUAAUGCAAUGCUGCUAUAUGGAAUACUCCUUUUCAGUGUUGCAGCCAGUUUUGAUUCAACCCAGGAAAACAUUCACCCAACAAUCACACAGCAGUCUUUAGCCGGUGACCAUGUUUGGUCCUCAUUGGAUGCUUUCCUUGAUUUCUUUGAUGAGUAGAGCCCAGACUUGGUUGGAGCUAGGUUGAUGUUGUGUAUCUUCAGGUUAUUUCUGACUUAAGGUGAUCCUAAAGUGACACUAUCCUAAGUUUUUAUGAAGUUGCGAGUGUGUUUUGUCCAGCGACAUCCAGUGGGUUUCCAUGGUCAAGCAAGAAUUCAAGCCCUGGCCUCCAGUGCUGUAGAACAACACUGAAACCAAUAUCAGAUGCUGUUAUGUAAAGUUGUUUGUACAUUCAUUUUUAGUUUUACAAUAUUACAAUUCCCUAAACCCUGCAAUACUACUAGAUGGAUGUUGCUGUUUUUGUUUUCAAUGAAUUAACAUUUAUGACUGUUGCACAGAUGAUAAUGAUGAUGAAGCUCAAUUACAAGAAGUUGUUCCAUCCAUCCAGAGCUGGAUUCACCAUUGUGCUUAGGUGUGCUUAAGCACUGGGCCCCAUUGGCCAGGCGGGGCGGGGGGGGGGGGGAAUCUUCUUGCCCAAAUAAAUUUUUACAAUGGGUUUUGCUUAUGUGGUGCUAUUCCAAAUUUGAGGGCAUUCUGUUUUGAAGCGAUUCCAGACAUAAUGAAAGAGUUGAUAGUCUAUGGGAGCGUACCUGCCGGUCCGACCUCCUUCAAGGCCCAAAGAAGGGGCCUCAUAGCUAGCCCAGGGCCUAAUUUGUCCUAAAUCAGUGGUUCCCAACCAGUGGUCCCCAAGAACUAAAUAUGGUCCGCUGCCUCACCAUUACUACACCAUUGGAGUGAGAGCAACUGGUCUUGCAAAACCCUCUUAUAGUUCUGAGGCAAUGGGCAUGUCUGGAGGGGAGAGGUUGACUACCCACGAAAGGCAUGACAACAAGCCUCUUGACUGCUGCUUCUUCUCUCCCCCCCCCCCCCCCCCCCAGCGGAGCCAUUCCAUGUGGUGCCUGGAAGCGGGCGCGCCUUGGUAUCUUUGGUUUUAGGCCUGUUCCUGGGGUUAUUUGGGGUACUGAUUCAGAAAAUUGCAUUGGAUGGACCGCAUCAGUUCUAGAUUAUUAAAUAUGGUUUUCUGUGGGAGAGCAGAUGGCAACUACUGGAUGGCAUAUGUUCUGUAUCAGAAACUAGAAUUUAUGUGGUCUAUCCAAUGCAAUUUUCUGAAUCAGCACCCCAAAUAAUCAAACCAAAUCUAAAUUUGACCAAAAACUGAUUUGUAACCCUUUUGGUACUAAUGUUGGAUAGUCGUCCCUGGUCAAAGUGGUCCCUGGGUCAAAAAAAAGUUGGAAAGCACUGUCCUAAAUCCAGCAUUGAACCUAUCUCAUUAGGAGCUAUCCAUUCUGGCAGGUCAUCCUUCAUCCUUCCACCUGAGUAUCUUUACCUGGAGAUACCUAGGACUGAAACUGUGACUUUCUGCAUAGGAAGCACACAUUCUUCCACUCAUCCAGUGAUCUGCCAUUUCACACAAUGCUGCUUUUGUUUCGUUUGUUUUUACUUUAGCUGUGCACUUCAAGCUGUGCACUGCAAGAUUUUUUUAUUUUUAAGAUAACCUUAAAAGAUAAAGUGUAUAGCAUUGAUAACAUGAAGGAAACUGUCACUCAGUAGUAGUCAUGCUAUCUAGUAAAAAGAGCUACUUGUUAACAAACAAACAAAAUUAGAAAUUGAGUUUUUUUUUUGUGCUGGAGGAGAAGAGCAGCUUCUAAGGUAGAUCUGUAGGUGUUGAACCACAAAUGUAAAACAGCGGUACUGUUUUCUUUAACAACUCCUUUUUCUUUUAACACAAACCACAUAGAGGCCCUAAAGAAAGGUAGUCAGAGCAGGGGUGUGGUAUAUGCAAACACACUAGCCUUCUGUAAUUUCCAUUCCUACUUUCUACAAUGUCAGAAUCCAAAGUCCAGACUGUGGUGGGGCUUUUAAGUCCAUCCCUUUUUAAAUGGCAUUUAUGAACCUGUAUAUUUUUUUCCUUCUGAAAGAUAACGCCUUUUUGCAAGCUUGUCUCUUGCAAAUAUUGUUUGAAAGGCAAAAUACUCAUUUUAAUCUGAUUUAUGGGCCUCCUUCUCAGAAACAUCCUCGUGAUAUUUAGUUGGUGUGUUUUAGUCAGUAUUUAUCAGCUAAACUGCUUAGGCAGAGGAAGGGUUAUGACUCAUUGCAAGAUUUUAUGCUUUUAAUACAAAAGGUUCCAGUUUAAUCCUUAACCUUUCCAAAUGGGGCCUAGAAAGAUAUCUGUCAAACUCUGGAUGGCUACUACUAGUCAAAGUCAUCUUAUAUGUUGAAUUAACUGUGUAGCAUGCAAUUGAGACUCGUUUCUUGGUGUGUGUGUGUGUGUGGAUUUUUGGGUUUUUUUCAUAAAUAAAUAUACUGUACAAGUCUGCAAUCCAGAUUAGGCUCACUGUGUGCAUGUAGGGGAGAAGUAUAUCUCCCACUACUGUUUUUCCCCACUAUAUACACAUAAACACUCCCCCCCCCUUUUAAACCCCCUAAAAGAGGGGGAAAUGGCAGGAGAGGUUUAAACUCUCUCCGAAUGGGCAUGUGGAGCAUGUUGAGCCUAAUCUACACCAAUCCCUCCUAUGCUUACUUGCAAAUUAAAAGAAAAGAAAAUCAGUCUUUAGCUAACUUUCUCCCCUGCACAUUUAAUGCCUUUUGCAGUUUAGCCAUUCUUUGUGUAUAGGGAAUACUAAGUGAGAUCAGGCUUUUACCAAUUGACUUUAAGAGCUUCUAAUAGAAUGCUGCUUUGUUGACUUUUACGUUUUGUUUUGUGGAUUGCUUAAUUGACUUUCAAUAACUUUCCAUGUUUUAAACUUGUAUCUUUGUAUGAAUGUGCAUUUUCUGUAUUUGAUUUAACUUUUGUAAGACCGCAUAUAACUCUAUUAGUCAUAUAGCUGUGAUAAACUUGAAGACUGUGAGCUGUGGGUAGUUCUUAGGAAAGAGAAGGGUAAAAUUUGAUCAGAAUUGAUAAAAAAAACAUGUGAGAUGGUAUUAAUAGCAAGGCAGUCCAUAGCAGAAACAAAGGAUAUACUAUAAUGAAAUAAUAUCAAUAAGAAAUCAUGGAAAAAUUAUAAAAAUAACCGUGAUCCAUGUAUAUGCUCCCAACACUAGGCUUGUACACAGUAAGGCAGUAACGGCAAGGGCUCAGCCGCCAUGUUUUUUUCACCCAAAAUGUCCCACGUGGCUGUGGGCGCAGCUUCUUCUCUUCUAUUUGGUAGUACGUGGCACAUGCUUCCUUAACCCCGUUUCUCAAACCCAGAUUCCCUUGAAAGGAAGAAAGGAAUGGGUCCCAGGAAGGGUGCUUCCUUAACCCCGUUGCUCAAACUGACUCCCUUGAAAGGAGGAUAGGAUCGUAGGAACGGAAAGAGGAGCCUUGUAAGUUCCCCAUUGCCGCCAAUUGGCCUGAUCUUCCCGGAUCUUUCAGCUACCUAGCCUAAACAUCUAUUUCCAUUAGCCGUUUUUGGGAGGCUCCCAAAAACGGAUCUGGGUGCCCAAUGAAAUUUGGAUACCAAAAACAAAUCACCCUCCAGCCGAAUUGCACAAGACCACCCAACACAGUGGCAGAAGAAAGCUGAUUUUAUUUUACUAUCCAGAAUAAACCACAAGACAUCAUAUUCCAAGCAACUUUAACAUGGGUGAGAAAGAAAUUGGCUAAUGUCAUAAAUAAAAAUGGAGACUAUGGUCAAGAAAUCAAAAGACUUGGAAGGGUAAUGGAUAAAAUCCUGAAGUAUAAAGUUAAAUAAUUGAAUAUCAAGGAGAGAUCAUUUAUGCCACAGUGUUUCUGAUUUCUUUGUAUGACUGUAAAAGCUGGUCCUAAAGAAAGCUGACAAGAUGAGGACCAACAAAUUUAAAAUGGGCUAGAGAAAAGUUUUGCAGAUACCAUGCACUUUUAAAACCACAAAUGAAUGGAUUCAAGCCUGAAUUCUCUCUAAAAAGUAAAACGACUAUACUGGCACUGUUAUAGUUUGGACACAACACAAGAUAACAUGACUCACAGGAAAAUAUGGUCAUUCCUGGUAAAGUCAAAAACAGUAGGACAAGAGGAAAACCUCAUUGCCAGAAGAUUGACUUAAGAAAGCCAUGGUCCUGAAUUUGCAGGCUCUGGGCUACUGCUUGGCUACUACUGACCAGGACUCAUGGAGGUCUUUCAUUCAUAAGAUUGUCAUACGUUACAUGCAUGAUGUCACAUAACAACAACAAUGAGGUUACUUAAGCAGAGCUUAAAUCUUCAAAUAUCUGAAAUUAUAUUCAUAUUAGUUUCAUAGGUAGUAGCUGUUGGCCAUGAACUCGUCUUCCCAUGUGAGAUUUUCAGAGACCUUCUUGGCACUAGGCUUACUGUUGCCAGUACAGAUUUUGUUGCAAUAUGUUUCUUUUCCUUGUAGGCAUUCUUAAGGUAAAUUGAUCUCUUGCAAUUUCUACAGUUUUUAGUGGUGUUUGCGAUAGCAUUAGGUUGUAUCUUCAUUCUGUUGGGUUCCAUCUUCACUUGUUUUUCUACUCAGUUUACAUGCUUCUUUCUGUUUCCUAAAUUAAAAAUCUGAAGUGGGGUACAUGAUAUCCAAAUACUGUUUGAGCUUAGUAGAUUUUGCCCACAUUUAGAUAUGUUACCCAUGCAGUUGAGAUAAUCAAGUUCUGCUCUUGGGUGUUGCUGGUUUGUUUUUCUCAACAGAAGUCAGGGUCAGAGUCUGGGAGAGGACUUUGUAAUAUCAUAGUGGUGAAUUUUAGUGAUUUAAUACACUUCUAUACCACUCCAACCCACAUUGGGCUCAUAACCCUAUCCUGUCAAAACUGGAAGUGGACAGAUUGCCUUUGGUUUGAAAAAUAUUUUUUUUGCUUAUUUUAGAUAAAAUGAUAUGGAAAGGAGAAACUAUUCCAAGGUUUAAAGGAGAAUUGCACUUCUGGAAGGAAAAUGUUUCUAUGUUGUAAUCAAAACAUGAAGAAUGUUUUAUUUUUGUUUUGCGGUGAGAAUUGUCUCUAAAAUGGGUAGGGAUGCAUGGUGCCAACUGUUGGGAUUAGAUUUACAAGGUUUUAGCUCCUUUGCUAGAAAAAACAAUAACUCAUUUAAUUUAGAAUCAGUCUCCUUCAAUAGAAUAUGAAAACACCAAAUCUUUUAGGUCUCUGACACGAAUUACUGCAAAAAAAGGCAAACAAGUAGUAUUUGAAUUACCUACUUACUUACAAACAAGUAGUAUUUGAAUUACCUACUUUACUACUUACAUUUAAAUGCACAAUAAGGACACAUACUGUAUUUACCCAAAUCUAAUGCUCACCUUUUUUGACUAAAUUACCUUCCCUAAAUUAGAGUGUGCAUUAGAUUCAUGUAAUAUGGUUCAGAGUUUUGAAAAUUGAGGUGCACAUUAGAUUUGAUGGUGUAUUAGACUUAAGUAGAUAAGGGUCUAUGUAAAUUGUCUAACCCCUGGCUAACUAAUGAAAAGUUUCAAGUAAAGAUGCUUCUCAGCAGAACUGAUACCAUUUUGAAAGAGGAAGGAGUAUUCACCAGUGGGGUCAGACUUGUAGUCCUCCAGGUGUUUUGGACUUCAGCUCCCAGAAUUCCUGACCAUUGGGCAUGCUGGCUAAGGCUUCUGGGAGCUGGAGCCCAAACAACUGGAGGGCCACAACUUUGAUAUUUCUGCUUUAUGUUGUCACAGACAUGCCUGGAAGUUUCUAUGGUCACAUGUUCUGGUUGCUUAGAUACAUGGGCACAUUGAUGAUUGAUCAUGCAUUGCAGCUGGUUGUUUAACAAAUGGGGAAAAAAUGUGGAUAAAGUAUGUAUGUAGGGUAGAGACAUGCAUGAGAUCCUUACACUCCCUUAAUCCCCAUUGCCCUAAUACCGUAGCAAAUGGGAGUAGGGAAUGUGGACAGAAUGCUUUACUGAUCAGUAUUUUCCAAUACUCACCUCUACAUUAAUAAUUAAUAGAAUGAAUUACUGUCCUAUCUUUAAAAAGUUACACGCUACAAAGGAACACUUUGUAUUAAAUAUGUCACUUUUGGCUACUGCUCUCUGGUACUGCAGGCAACUAUAUACAUAUAUAGCUCAUCUACUGAAAAGAUGGAGCAGAUACUUACAGAAAAAAUUCACAAAAAACCAGAGUGUUUUGGGUGAAGUUGAUCUGCUUAGCUACUGUGCAAAAAAAUGGAAAGGAGAAACAGAGCAGGCCAGACAGAUGAGAAAGGCUUAUGAACAGUUGCUUUGGAGGUAUGAUGUGAAAUCCCUAAGAGAAGUCAGACAGGAUCACUACUGUGUGCUGAGAGCUGUAUUAUACCAGAUAUUCCGGCAAGGACUUCGUCCUCCAUCAUGGACAAAGGCAGUCGAUGUCCUAAAGCUCCCAGAAAAACUUCUAUAUUCCCAAGGCUGUAAUUGGAUCCAGCAGUAUAGUUUUGGACCAGAACAGUACACAGGUCCCAAUACAUUAGGGAAGUUACGUAAAUGUAUUGAAGCAUUAAAAAAUCAGUGGAUGGAAAUCAGUGGUAUUAAAGACCAGUAUGAAAGAUGGAACUUGUGCAAUGCCCUUUUUAAUGAUGAAAGUAUGGAACACAAGUUAUAUGAAGGUGUAAAGUUCAUGAUGCUCUACCAAGUAAUAGAGGCUUACGAGUGCUUCAGCAACAAACAGAAAGGCUUGCCAAGGUUUUUUUACCACCUGUUUAUCCGUGAUACUUCCUCAGACCCGUUAAGUUAUAUGAUGAAUCAUCUAAAUUCUGGCGAUGGAAGAGGUCUGGAUCAGGGUCUCAGCUUGAUUGUCAACCACAAAAAGUCCUGCCUGCGGCCUUCCCAGUCUGUCCAUUUUAUUGGGGCCUUCAUCAACUCUACCAAACAAAGAGCGUUUCUACCAGAAGACUGCUUCAUGGCCUUGAGGUCGGUCAUUUUAGAGGCACUUUGUCAGCACAUUAUGCACGCCGAAUUCAUCCAGUCAGUACUUGGCCACAUGGCCGCUACAACAGCUGUGACGCCUCAUGCCAGACUGAGGAUGCGGCCGCUCCAAAUGUGGUUCCUGUCUUGAGACUUCCCAGGUCAGUUUGGAAAUCGCUCCAAUGGUGGACUCUUUGUUCCAACAUCAGGAAAGGGAUGCCUUUCUGCCAACCGGAGCCAUCUAAGACGCUCACCACGAAUUCGUCGCUGUUGGGCUGGGGAGCCCACUUGGACAGUCUUAGCGUUCAGGGCGUAUGGUCCAUUUCGGAGAAGAGCCAAUUCAACCACCUGGAAAUGCUGGCAGUUCAAAAGGCGCACAGAGCCUUUGAGCCCACGUUCUCCAGACGGGUGGUCCAGCUCCUCACGGACAACACGACAACAAAAUUCUAUAUAAACAAGCAGGGCAGGACUCGCUCUCACAAGCUGAUAAACAUUUCAAAUUUGGGAUUGGUGCAUUCUCCGGGGAAUCCAUUUGAUCGCGAUUUACCUUCCUGGUGAAGAGAACAAGUUAGCGGACACGCUGAGCAGCACCCCUGUGUCCUGCCACAAGUGGCGGGUUCACCCAGAAGGGUUACAACACAUCUUCGAUCAUUGGGGCCCUCCUCUUAUAGACCUCUUCGCAUCUCCAGAGAAUGCACAAUGCGAUCUGUAUUGCGCACACCUUCCUCCAAAUCGGACAUUGGGAUGCCUGGGGAAAUGUUUUUCUGCCCAUGGACACCCAGGUUGAUGUCUUCGGUCCCGUUGAUCACAUGGACUCUAUCAAAGCUGUUGAAAGAAAAUGCGGAUUGCAUACUAAUAACACCCUGGUGGCCUCGGCAACCAUGGUUCGGACCUCUCUUCAUGGCUUCUCGAAGAGAGUUUCAGCAACCUAACUUCAGACCAGACAUUCUCACCAUACAACAGGGGAAGAUUUGUCAUCCGGACGUGAAAUCCCUUCACCUCACAGCAUGAAGGAUAAGACCGUCUUAUGCCUUCCCGGGCCUGUGAGAGCCAUCAUCAAUGCAGCCCACAAGGCCUCCACAAAUAAGUCUUAUACCUAUAAAUGGCGAUGCUUCUCUGUUUUUGCAAGACAUGUUGGUGCCGACCCUUCAAUGGCCUCUACCGCAGUAGUUCUGAAUUUUUUUCUGUUCCUUUCGCAAAGGGGUUUGUCCAUCUCCUCUAUCAAAUGUUACCUGGCCGCUAUUUCGUGAUAGCAUCAAAAGGCUGGUAAUCUCUCUUGUUUUGCGGACCCCUUGAUCCGAUUGUUUCUAAAGGUCCAUAAGAACCUGCAUUCCCCGGCUCGUCCCCCGGUACCAGCCUGGAGUCUCGAGUUGGUUCUUGCCCAGCUCACCAAACCUCCCUUUGAGCCCAUGGUGACGAUUGACUUACAGCAUUUAUCGUGGAAGACUGCAUUCCUGGUCUCCAUUGCUUCAGCACGUUGUGCAAGCUAGUUGUGUGCCUUGAGGGUCGACAAACCCUAACUCCAUUUUCAUAAAGAUAAGGCUGUUCUUCGAACAGAUAUCACCUUAUCCCAGUUUUAUCUUUCUCAAGCUAUCAUUUUACCAGCUUUCUUUCAAAGCCCGUCAUCCCCCUUAGAACAGUCAUGACACACCCUGGACGUGAGGAGAGCGUUAGCUUUCUAUGUGGAUAGAACGCACCCUCUGAGAAGAUCGCCUUACCUCUUUUUAAAGUAUUGUCAAGACUGUUUAGGUCUUCCAGUGACGCCGCAGCAUCUUUCUUCUUGGAUUGUGGCUACCAUACGACUGGCCUACCAGUGUGCGGGUCGUGAACCGCCGUCUAUGCUGAGAGCCCACUCCACGAGGGCUAUGGCCACUUCACACGCCCUUGGACGACAUUUGCCGUGCCGCAACUUGGUCAACGCCAUUGACAUUCAUGUCACACUACAAGCUUUACAUGUUAUCGCGGAAGGAUGCUGCCUUCGGCAGGGCCGUUCUGUCUUUGUGCUUGGCAUGACGCCCGCCUUUCCAGGUCAGUAGCUUGCUAGUCAGUCAUAUGUGUGCAUUUCACAGGGACCAUCAAAAAGGAAGAAUGGGUUGCUUACCUGUAACCAUGUUUCUUCAAGUAGUCACCUGUGAAAUGCACACAUCCCUGACCAUCCUCCCCGCAGCAUGUCAUGCCUCGGCUCCGAAGCUGCCUCUCGCGGCUGCGGAACUGGGGCGUUGGCCCCUCCCACUGCCUAUAUAUAGUACAAGGCCCCAGCCAAAAUUGUAUCUUUGAGCUUCUAGAGAAUUCCAAAAGGUCUGUGCAGGUGCAGAAAAACCCAUAUUUGUGGAUUUUACAGAUGACCACUCGAAGAAACAUGGUUACAGGUAAGCAACGCAUUCUUAUAAUCUCACAUGUGAAACAGCCUAUUAUUGUACAGGAUAUUCAUGCAAAUAGUAAAGAAGAUGCUGCAUGAAGAUUUACAAUAAUAUGUGGCAUGGCACACCCAUUACCCUUCACUAUCACAGUAGUCUAGAAAAGACAGUUGCCUCAAGGUGUACAAUUUUCUCACAUCAGGCAAAACAUUUAAAAGACUUAAGCUGUAACAAAUUUAUUUUUGUAGAAAUCCCAACUAUAGAAGAAUCCCCGUUAACUGUGAUGCGAUAGGAUACAAAAUUCAUUGCCUAUUAUUUUUUUUAUAGGCAUCCCAUUUCUUCCAUUUUCUAAAAGUUUACUUUUAAAAUAUGUUGAUGUGAUUUUGAAAUAAUUUCAUAUUCUCAUAAAACAUAAUUUAUAUGAUUUGCCAGUGCUGUACUUUUAAAAAACCUAAUAUGUUUUCUUGUU